AGCCGAGUCCAUAUAACACUCUGUUGCUUACCACACAAAUCGCUUAUCACAGACCAACAUGAUGGCUAUUUAUUGGGGACCUGACUGCCUGGAAGUGCAGAACAUCAAAUUCGUAGAUAUUGCUGCCUAGCACCCAUAAUUAUUUAUAACUGCCCCCACAGCUGCGCGCAAUAUUCAAAUUCGCGUGUCUGUCCAUCUCUCGAAGUGAAGUAUCCAUGGGGAGCAACGGUAACUGUUUAUCCAUUCCGAUGCACCAAACAGCAAGGACCUUGCCCGUGUACGCCUGAAUCCUUCUGUGACUGUGAACUUGAUACGGAUUUUGGAGGUAAUUAGACCGUGACCGGAGUCAUGUUGACCAAGAAGGAAAAACUGCUGAUCCGCCCGUGGCAGAUGCAGCGUUACUACAACCAUCGGAUCAAGGUGGAAACGGCAGUUCCGGCCAUCGAUUUUCAUCCACCGCCGGCCCGGGCACACAUUACGCAGAAGUUGAAAAAGCUCCAGAAGGAACGGGAACGCACGGAGAAGAUAGAACGGGACAACAUUCGGCUACUGCAACGCCUGGGGGCGAUCAUGAGCAAGAAGCGACUGGACAACAUUUGGACGCACGCUAGACCUAAUUUCCUAAGCCGCGAGUACAUCUAUCCGAUACGUCCAAAAACGACCGGGGCAACACCAUCAAUCGACCAGGGACGACGUCGAUCUUCGGCCAGACCCCUGGACGAUACCGGCGCCGAGUCGGAAACUCCGGAAUCGUCUUCGGGGCGAACGAUUCGUUGCAGCGCCUGUACCAACCGUUCCGCCGCCUACAAACCGAACAAAGUCGUCCCGGAGGAGCGAAUGCCUUGGGCACCCCAGAAGACCACCACCAAUCGGAAACUGCUCAAGGAGGCCGAAUCCGAACCGCACGUAUGCUGUCGAUUCUGUUGCUGCAAAUGAAACCGAUCAUUGAAUAUUGGACGAAUAUUUCUGUGCCUAAAAUUAAGAAUUACAAUUUGUAAACGAGCGAGUGUUCUUUCAUUUUAAGCGGGAAAAUAAACCUAUUUCUCAUUCUGGAGAAAUAGAAUAGUUUCAACUUCAACCAGAAAUAGUUUCAACUUCCUUUUUGGAAUUUUUUCAGCAGAAUUCCUCGAAAAACAUCGGACGGAAUACCAGAAGAAAUUUUGUGUAGGAAUGAUUGAAAGAAUAAAUAAAAUAAUUGCUCUUGUAUUCUUAAAUGAAUUCAUGGAAA